AUGGAUCAUCUGCAGCAGCAAAGCCGCGACGCCGAGCAGCGCACGGCUCUUGCCUACUGCGCCGGCUGCGCCGCGUUGCUGAUCACGCUGGUCUGCGUCGCGGCGAGAGCAGGCGACGUCGUCGUCGACCAGGGACCGCCGCGACCGGACGUCAUCCUCGUCACGGGCUUUCGCGACUUCAACGGCGAAGAGAACCCGAGCGCCGUCGCCGCGACGCGCCUCAACGGCACGGGCUCCAUCACGAGUGUCGUGCUGCCCGUCGACGAGGCCGGCGUGUCGUACGCCGCGGGCCUCGUCUCGCGCGGCGCGGUGGCCGCCGUCGUCCACCUGGGCCUGGAGGACGCGACGCGAGACCUCCGCGUCGAGGUCGCCGGGCACAACAUUUUGGCGGGCCCGCGCGGCGCGCCGAACAGCGGCAAUUGCACGACGCGGCCAGUCUUCGCCGGCGAGCCCUGCACCCUGGCGACGACGGCGAAUCUCGGUCGCCUCGCGCUGCGGCCGCGCGAGACCUGGUCUACGUCUGCGGGGGACUUCUUCUGCAAUGAGGUCUACUACCGCACCCUGCGCGCGGCGCGCCGCGGAUCCGUGCCGCUCGUCCCCGUCGCGUUCGUGCACCUCCCGUCCGAGGCGACGCGGCCCGUCGACGCGUACCUAUCGCGCCUGGCCGACGUCGUCCACGCGCUCGCCGGGGGCGUCCGUCGCGACCCGCGGCGCGCGCCGCUGCGACGGCGCCGAUGAUGAUAACAACGUUGUGACUGUUCUACUAAUCUUGAAUUUAUAACCACAAGAAUUCAUACAACCUCAGUCGAGGUGAGCGACUCAGGGCGUUCCUGGGGCGCCUCGGGUCGUGCGACGAUCUCCAAGGUCCGCCGAGACGCGCCAGUGUCGCCCAAAGCGGUGACGCACGCUGCACCGAGCUGGCUACGCGUGAUGCCGCACGCGGCGCCGCUGCUCGCAAAAAACGGGCUCUUGCACGAAACGCGGUCGAGGCCCCGGGCAUCCGCAGUCGUCGCCAGAAAGCGGUCCUCAGCGCCGACGACUAAUCCGCCCUGAGGGCUGUCCACAAAUACCCCUGGUCGGAGAAUGGUCCAGUCGAUCGGGCUCUCGCGCAGGCGUGCUUCAGCGACCCGCUUCGCAUCCAACACGCCGCCCAAGCCGUUCAGCAUGCGAUAGCUCGCCGUGCGAUCGCGCGCAGCGGCUUCGCCGGCCAGGAGCGACGAAACCAAAACAAAGCGGCCAGGCAGCUUCGCACGCUCAGCAGCCUCAACAAGUGCGACUACACCGUCGCGGUCUACGUCAAGUGCUGCGCGACGGUCCGCCUCGGCAUCGAAGGUCGGCACGAAGCCCACAUCACAGAUCACGUCGUCGAUGCCCUUUAGCGCCCUAUCUAGCGUCGGGGGUGCUGUCACGUCUGCCUCGACCACGGUCCGCCCCGUGGCUUCGAGCCCCGCCGCUGCCGCUGACACCCGCCACCGUUCCAAGGACCGCACGAGCGGUACUGCUGUGUAGCGCUCGUCCCCGUCAAGCGCCCGCACACACUCGCGACCGCUACGGCCCGAGGCGCCAGCGACAAGCACGCGGCGCGGCCGUGCGGCGGCUGCGGACACCGCAGCGAGCGGCACCACAGGCGCCGCGGCGAGCGGCAGCGACAGCACCGCGCGGCGGUUGUGAGACGGCGCCAAGGCGACAGCUUCGAGGGCUAGUGCAGCAAUAAUGACACUGCGGCGCAUCGAGGGUUAGUCGAGCGCACCGCUUGCACCAUAAACUGAGAGCUUUUUCUGCUUGGCCUGCAGUGCUAGGAGGGGGCGUUCAUAGGCGUAGACAUACUAGAUUUCGUCGAGCGGCGGCGCAAGUUGCACGGCGGCACAUCGCAUCGCUGCAAACCAAACGCGCGCGUACGCUCAAUCCAAUAAUAAGUGUGGGCAAAAGGCGCUGCGCACGCAGAGAGUAGUAAAAAAAAUGCACAACGCCUUCGAGCAGCAGUCCCUGCCGCCGCCGGAUCCGCGCGUCGUCCUCCGCCAGGCGGUCCGCACGUGGAAGAACAUCGGGCUGCUAUUACUCCUCGUAAUCGCCCUGAUCAGCCUCGUCGCCGGCCUGAACUGCGACGCCGCGACCGACGACGCGGGCGCGUGCGCGACGCUACUGUCCGCGUUCACGGCGCGGCAGCUCACUUACGCCGGCGCCGCGCUCACGUUCGGCUUCUGCUGCUGCCCGUGCUUCCGGCUCGACUGCGACGCCGACGAGCUGCGCAAGCGGUCGUGCUUCCUGCAAGCCGUCGAGCGGCGGCGGCGCGAGCGCGCGCGGCAGGCGCGGCUGGGGCGCGGCGACGACGGCGGCGCCGCGGCGCCGGACGUCGAGGAGGGCCACGAGCUCAUCAAUAGGCGGCCCGGCGGCGGCGGGUGAGACGCGCGGCCGCCGCGUCCUCAUUUCUUUCGUCGAGUGGAGUCGAGGACGAGACAACCGAACGCCUUCAAAGUUCACUGAGAAUACCGUGAAUGAGCGACUUCGUUCCAAGCCGAGGCUCUUGCCGUUUUUUGCGUGGCCCGUCUAGGAUGCCGCGGGCGACGGUCACCGCGCGUCCCUCCCGCAGGCUCGUCGCGCCGACGGCAUGAAUCCGAAAAUGUGUAAGUUCCUAGUAGUAAUGGGGGCAGCAACCCAGCGAGCGCGUCCCGCGCCUCGGCGGUCCGGCCCGCGCUCAGCUUGCGGGGGCCAGGCUUGGAACUGGCGCGGCCGCGCUGCCAAAGCGCACACCAGGGCUGCUCGCUGAAGUCAGUGCUCGUAGAAGGGCAGCACCACAACCGCGCACCACCAAAAAGACAUGAGCACACCGCCAAGGUCCAUCACCAAGAGCCAGUGCGAGCUGAGCACUGCCGACCUCACGCCCCAAAAGCUCGAGCUCCGCCAAACAAAUGUGGCCGCCGCGGCGCCGCCGCUGCCGCCCGCCGUGGGUACGCGCGUAAACAUGCUGCCGCCCGCGGCGUCGCCGCCGCCAUACGCGAAGGAGGCGCCGCCGCCGACGCCGCCGACCUGGGCCAGCUACUCGCCGACGACGCCGCCCCGAGGUCUCGCGCGGCUGGCGCCGCCCGAGGCGAGCGCGACGCCCGUGCGCCGCCUGCUCGGCCGCGAGCUCGGGGCCGCGCCGGAGCUCGGGGCCGCGGCGUCGUCCGCCGAGGCGUCGGCGGCGUUUUCGGCGGCGGCGCGCUGCGAGGUCGCCGCGGCGCGGUCCGGCGGCGUGGCGGCCGUGCGAAUCACCGGUAGUGUCGAAGAGCAACGGCCCGAGUCCUCGAGCAACGGCCACGCGCGCGACAACGGCCUGCGCGCGUCGCUCGAGUCGCUGGAGCACUUUGGCGACGGCAGCAGCGACGCGCUCGCGGCGGCCUGCGACGCGCUGGGGGCCGUCGACGACUGGGUGCGGCGCGGCGACGCGGCGCCGAUGUGGGCGGCCAAGGGCGACCCGCGCGCGCGCGACCGGCUGCUGGUGGAGCGCGAGGUCAUGCUGCGCCAGGUCCGGGCCUUGCUGGCGGUAAACACGCGGCUCAGCGCCGACCUGGCGAGGGCGCGCGAGGCCGCCUCGCCGGCGCGGUCGCUCGCCUUCGACGGCGGCGACGACGCCGCCACGAGCGACGGCGGCGGCGCGGAGGCGGCGCUCAUGCGGGACCGCGUCCAGGCGCUCGAGGACGCGCUCGCAGACACGACGGCGCGGCUCUCGGCCGCGGCCGACGUGGCCACCGCGGCGCGCAACGACAUGGACCUCGCGCAGAAGCGCCUGCGGCGCGCCGAGGCGCGGUCCGCGACGCUCGAGAAGCGGCUCGACGCGGAGAGCGACUUGGACUGGGCGAGCCAGCUGAUCCGGCACGAGCGCGACGCCGAGGGGAAGCGCGCCGACGCGGCCGAGGAGGAGGUCAAGGCGCUCAAGGGCCGGCUCGCGCGCGCCAACGCCGAGAUCGCGGCGCUCAAAGGCCUUCCGCUCAAGGGCCACGAGGUCACGGCGCUCAAGACACCGCCGCAGUCGCCGUCGAAGACGCAACAAGAGGCUUCGUCGCCGUACCACUGGCGCUCCCGGCGCGACACGGCCGAGGCCGCGUGCCAGGCGACGGAGCCGGAAGCCGCGCGCGACGCGAACAAAGCCCGCGGGGCGGCGGCGCUCCUGCGAGCGACGGAGGGGCCGGCCCGGCGCGCGGCCGACGCGAGGGUUCGGCGGGGCGUGACUGCGCUGGCUGCGAACGUGCGGCGACGACGGGCCGUGCGCCUGUGCGCGGCGAAGCUCAUGCGGGCCACCGCGGAGCGGUGCUGGCCCGCGCGUAUAUAG